UGUAUCGUGUGUGUAAUGUUUGGGUUCAUAUCUUUGAAGUUAUGUGGCCAGAUCUUGUUUAAUGGAGUAUAACACUUGUUACUUUGGAAAUGUGGACGACAUCUUCUACUAGGAUACUAAUCAGCCUCUUUACUUUUGUGUGUUUUAUUUCCUUUGAUGUUGCUGCGAAUGGGUCAGCCUCAAACAAUGAUCCGGAUACCAUUGCUAAUUAUUCUAAUGGCAAUUUUAUAGAUAACAAACCUUCCUCAAAAAACCAAGACAAUGGGUCGAGUAGCCACAUCGGCACAACAACCAACGAGGAAGUGACAGAUAGGCCUAAAAAGCAAGAUGUUACUAGUGUCUUGAAGACAGCUUACCAAGAACUCGAUGCAUCAAAGUUGAUUAAGGAAUCUAGUACCAGUGUCAAAACACCGACUACAAUUAGUGCUACAUCGACACCAAUUUCCUCUACAAGUGCUACAUCUAUACCUACUGCUAAUACUAGUGCUACAUUUACACCACCUGUUACAACCAGUGCUACAUCUGCAUCACCUUCUACUAGUGAUACAUCUACAUCAGCUUCUUCUACUAGUGCUACAUCUACAUCACUUUCUUCUACUAGUGCUACAUCUACUUCUUCUACUAGUGCUACAUCUACAUCACUUUCUUCUACUAGUGCUACAUCUACAUCAGCUUCUUCUACUAGUGCUACAUCUACAUCAGCUUCUUCUACUAGUGCUACAUCUACAUCACCUUCUUCUACUAGUGCUACAUCUACAUCACUUUCUUCUACUAGUGCUACAUCUACAUCUCCUUCUUCUACUAGUGCUACAUCUACAUCACCUUCUUCUACUAGUGCUACAUCUACAUCACCUUCUUCUACUAGUGCUACAUCUACAUCACCUUCUUCUACUAGUGCUACAUCUACAUCACCUUCUUCUAAUAGUGCUACAUCUACAUCACUUUCUUCUACUAGUGCUACAUCUGCAUCACCUUCUUCUACUAGUGCUACAUCUACAUCACCUUCUUCUACUAGUGCUACAUCUACAUCACCUUCUUCUACUAGUGCUACAUCUACAUCACCUUCUUCUACUAGUGCUACAUCUACAUCUCAUUCUUCUACUAGUGCUACAUCUACAUCUCCUUCUUCUACUAGUGCUACAUCUACACCACCUUCUUCUACUAGUGCUACAUCUACAUCUCCUUCUUCUACUAGUGCUACAUCUACACCACCUUCUUCUACUAGUGCUACAUCUACAUCACUUUCUUCUACUAGUGCUACAUCUACAUCUCCUUCUUCUACUAGUGCUACAUCUACACCACCUUCUUCUACUAGUGCUACAUCUACAUCACUUUCUUCUACUAGUGCUACAUCUACAUCUCCUUCUUCUACUAGUGCUACAUCUACACCACCUUCUUCUACUAGUGCUACAUCUACAUCACCUUCUUCUACUAGUGCUACAUCUACAUCACCUUCUUCUACUAGUGCUACAUCUACAUCACCUUCUUCUACUAGUGCUACAUCUACAUCAGCUUCUUCUACUAGUGCUACAUCUACACCACCUUCUUCUACUAGUGCUACAUCUACAUCACCUUCUUCUACUAGUGCUACAUCUACACCACCUUCUUCUACUAGUGCUACAUCUACAUCACCUUCUUCUACUAGUGCUACAUCUACAUCACCUUCUUCUACUAGUGCUACAUCUACAUCACUUUUUUCUACUAGUGCUACAACUACAUCACCUUCCUCUACUAGUGCUACAUCUACAUCACCUUCUUCUACUAGUGCUACAUCUACAUCACCUUCUUCUACUAGUGCUACAUCUACAUCAGCUUCUUCUACUAGUGCUACAUCUACAUCAGCUUCUUCUACUAGUGCUACAUCUACACCACCUGCUAUUAAUACCAAAUCACCUUCUUCUACUAGUGCUACAUCUAUACCACCUACUACUUCUAUUGCUACAACUGAAUCACCUACUAUAACGAGCGCUACAACUGGAUCAUCUUUUACCAGUGCUACAACUCCACUACCUAUUAUUACAACAACUGAACAGCUUAUUACCACAAAUGAAUCUACAAGUAGAACUACGGAAGUUUUCACUCGUGCAAUUCAAGCAGCAGAAACAGCUAAUAAUACAUCGGCAAUAGUAGGUGGAGUUAUUGGAUGUAUCUUAGGACUCGCUGCUAUAGCUGCUUCUGUAGUCUUCAUCUUUUACUUCAAAAGGCGAUCAAGUCAGCCUAGAUCUAGGCUAUCAAGUCCACUUGUUGAAUUAGACAAAAAGGCUCAGGAUUAUAUUCUUGAGCAUAGACCAAUUAAAAUUUUGGAGUUCAAGGAGCAAGUGAAAAGGCUUCAUAAAGAUAGCAAUCUUUUGUUUCAAGAUGACUUUGAGGACAUUAAGAAACUUAGCAGUAGACUCCCAUACACAUCCAAUGAUGCCAAGAAAGAGGGCAACAAAGCUAAAAACAGAUAUUCUAAUAUUUUACCAUAUGAUCACAGCAGAGUGAAACUAUUGUUCCAAAUGGAAGAUGAUGAGACCAUGGAUUAUAUUAACGCCAAUUAUAUUCCUGGUUAUAAUUCUGUGAGAGAAUACAUAGCAACUCAAGGACCAUUGAAGUCUACAUUGUCAGACUUCUGGAGAAUGCUGUGGGAACAAAAUAGUCAUGUGAUUGUGAUGCUCUCAGAUUUGUAUGAAAACCAAAAACCUAAAGUUGAACUUUACUGGCCAGAGAACUUGGGAGAGCCUACCAGAUAUGAUAAUUUCACUGUUGAGUUGACCAACUUCUCUCAGUUUAACAGUAUUAUCAUUAGGACUUUCAGAAUCUCAAAAGGAACUGAAGUAAGGAAAGUUGUUCAUUUUUUUAUUGUUUGGUCGGACUUUGAUGCAGAUCUAGAGGUGAGAGACUUUCUAGACCUUGUCCAAGUGGUGCGUAUGGAAGCAGCUACAAAAAAGUCUGGACCUAUCAUUGUGCAUUGCAGUGCUGGUGUUGGCAGAACAGGGACUUUUAUAGCAUUGGAUUACUUCAUGCAGUACAUUGAGAAGCACAGCCUCCAAGAAAGCAUAGAUGUGUUUAGUUAUGUGAUGAAAAUGAGAAACAAUCGUGUUUCUAUGGUUCAAGCUGAGGUCCAAUACAUUUUUAUACAUGACGUCCUAGUUGAAGUUAUAGACAAAAAAAUCAAGCUUGAGGAAGGCCAAAUGAAUCAACAUAUAUACUACAAUGAAGAUGAUCAUGCCAAGAAUGAUGAGACGGUGUAUGUAAAUAUGAAUGAGCUAACCAACAUGAAAACUGGUCAAGAGAACAAAGCUUAUGAGCAUGAUAAUGACAAAGAUGAAGAAUCCAUAAAUGUAUGAUAGAAGAUAUAUCUCCCUUUAAUGAGAACCCUUUUAGAAAGAAAAUUAUGGAACAAACACUUGAUUGUGUGUAUUGCACAGAAUAAAAAUUGAUAUUUAAAAAAACAUUGUACAUUCACAUUUACUGUUAUAAUUAUAUGUUUCUUUAUGCACAAUGUCUUUGACAAUAAUAGUAGUUAGUUCCCUUUCAGACUUUGUCAUCUAUGGGGCAGAUGAUGAAAAGCUUCUCGCUUUCCAUGGCCCACAGUUAAUGAGGAUGUUAUGUAGCCCAGUACAAUAACCUGCUGUCCUUACUUUUCUCAACUGAUUUCAGGUACCCUUUAGAAUUGGGUGGACUCAAAUGCCCCCCUUAAAAUUCCUCAAUUUUGAAAAUCCAGUCUUCAAAGGAAUUGAAUUCAUAUCAUAAAUAUUAGUUCAAUGUAUUUGCAUGUGUUUCAAUUUAAGUGUUACAGCUAAUUUAUAAUAAUAAAUCUUCAAGCCCAGUGUAAUUCUCUAGCUGUGCCCUAUGUUGUUGGUUGGUUGGUUAUUGGCUUGUAGCUCUAAACAGCUGGUACAACUGAACCCAUGUAGGCAUAUUAUAUUUUAAUAAAUAAAUUUAAAAUACCUUGAACAAAGUUCUCUUGGAAGUGUUUCUAAAUGGCAUGGGCUGCAGUCUUUGUAAGAUUUUUGCAGAUCUACUUUAGAAUGCCAUUUAAUGCUACUUUAAAAAAUAUAUAAUUGUAUAUUGUUUUAAUUUCUUUUCAAAUCGAUGAUAUUGAAAGAUAUUUAUUGUUUUAUUUUUGUUUUCAAAUUAAAGAUAUUUAAAGACUACCAUGAUUUGUUCACUAUUAUAGUGUACAUGCUUUUUACUCAGUUGAUGUAGUUUUUUUAUGCUACAAGAACAAUUUCUGGGUUUAACCUAAGUAUAUGAAAAAAAAUUUUGACACCAUUUUGUUUAAUAGUAUAUUUUGUUUUUUCAAAUAAAAUUAUCAGCUUUAAGAUUUUUUGUUUUUUUUCUCUGAUGUAUUCAAUUUAAAAAGUUCAACUGUUUUCUUAUUUAAUUAAAUGACAUUCAACUUGUGGAGUAAAUAAAAUAAAAUUAUCCUUUCAGACCUUGUGAUCUAUAGGGCAGAUGAUAUAAAGGUCUUCUGUUUCUGUAACCCACGGUUAACGAGGGUGUCAUUUGGCCAGCACAAUAACCAACCACCUUUAAUUUUCCCCAACUAGUGUCAGGUACCCUUUAGAGCUGGGUUAACUCAGAGGUGCCCAAAAAUCCCAGGACCCGGGACCCCUGGUUGGGAAACCAAGUGCUUUAUCAGCUAUGGCAACUCCAAUAGUAAAGAUCCCUCUUCUUACCAAUAGGGCAGAUGAUGUUGAGGUCAAAGGUCAUCUGUUUCUUUGGCCAGCACAACGACCAACUGCCUUUUUUCCCCCAACCAAAGUCAGGUAUCCAUUUGAGUUGGGUGGACUCAGUGACGCCCUAAAAAUCCCAAAACACAAAAUCCCAGUCUUCACCGAGAUUGAAACCCAGGACCCCAGGUUCAGAAUCCAAAUGCUUAAUCACUCAGCCACCAUGCCUCCUGUGAAGUAAAUAAUGUAGAAAUAUUUGUUUUCAUAGAAAAUUAUAAGAAGUGAAUUUAAAUUUCGAUGAAUUAAAACU